GGUUGGGGAGCGGAGUGAAAAAGCUGUAAAUUAACAGUAUUAAGAUAAUCCUCAUGAUUUGAGAUACCUAUUUUUUACUCUAAAAUUUUGUUUUAUAUUAAUGUUAACUUUAUAUACUGACAUUUUCGCCACUAUAUAAUGGCAACAUGCAAAAUAGUUCAAGGAUACGUACUUUCCAAAAUCCAAACAAAUACACUGACAUUUAAUAGUUUACUAUUAAUCACUGUUUUGGGGGCGGUGGGAAGGGGGGUUAAUAAUUAUCGCAGUGUCACUAACUUAUUUGUGAUGUUAUUGUUCCCUGGGAGCCUUAGAUAUCCAUUAAUUGUUAAUUCAAAGUCGGCUGCGUUGUUUACCAAGUUAGGGCGCCGUUGAAUAAAUGUCAGCAUCCGCCGCGAACUCACUGCGGCGGCAGCGAAUCAAAGACGCCGGGGAAUCAAAGGCUCCCCCUCCAGCCAGCCAGCAACAGCGCAGCACUGGCCGGCUGCAGCCCAUCCGCGCCGCCGUGCCCUACCAGCUCCUGCGUGGAAGCCAUCAGCGCCCAACCCGCGCUCCCUCCUCCUCCUCUUUCUCCUCCUCCUCCUCAGUCGGGAGCAGCGCAAAGCCGCCGACGUCCCGCUGCUCCAGUCCCACCGGCCUGACGCAGCUCGCCGCGAACCUGGGGGGACGCGGCUCGGGAGAUGGGGCACUGACCGCCAGGCAGAGAUCAUCACCGCCAGGCAGGAGCUCGCCCGUCAGCGGAGUCGGGUUCAGUACUGGUCAGUAUUUGAGGUCCUUCAGCUGUAACUCAUUUGCUAACAGUUGUGCACGGGGUCGAGGCCCCACCACGAUCCAGCACACUGUUUCCCUGAGCACCAUCGCUGGGCCCUACCUGACAGGCCAGUGGCCUUUAACCCAAUCCACGACUCCUGCAUGCUGGAGUGACAACGAGGCAGGAGAGAAAAGAGCCGUUCGGCAGCGCUCCGCUUCCCGGGGCAGCGCGGACCAGCUCCGAGAGGUUUCCAUACUCCAGCAGCAGCUCCAGUGCGGUAAGCAGGGUGGUCGACACUGCAGGGAAGAGCAGUUUCUGUCGCCUGAGCAGGGCACGCAGACCACGCAGACGCCGCCUGCCGGCAGCCACACCCAGCCGUCCAUGUCGAGAUCUGCUCAGAUGCCGCUGUCCAACAUGACGGUGCCCAAGGCCUCCAUGUCCAGAGUCCCCAGCAGUAUGGAGGGCAUCAAUCAUGAGCUGGAGAAGGUGUUCAUCAAGGAUAACGGCGACAAGGAGGAGCUGAAGGCUCUGGAGGUCCCAGAUGGGCGCCGUGCCCCCUUUCCCCCCCAGCAUCGCAGCAGCAGCACGCGCAGUGUGGACACGCAGGUGCCCCUGGCUCCGGGCCGCUCCAGCAGCUGCUCCAGUCUGUCACCCUGUCCCUCGCCCGCCUGCCCUCUCGGCUCCCACGAUGGCAGUCCCUAUUCCACAGAGGACCUGCUAUACGACCGUGACAAAGACAGCGGCAGCAGUUCUCCCCUGCCCAAGUUCGCGUCCUCGCCCAAGCCGAACAACAGUUACAUGUUCAAGAGGGAGCCGCCCGAGGGCUGCGAGAGGAUCAAGGCCUGUGAGGAGGCGCCGUCCAGGCAGUCAGCCGCCCCCCCGCUCUUCUCCUGCCCCGACAAAAACAAGGUGAACUUCAUUCCGACCGGUUCCGCCUUCUGCCCCGUCAGACUCCCCGGCUCCUCCUUCUCCAGCUCGGUGUCCGACCCUGACGACGAGGCUAGCCCCUCUCCUGCUCCUGCCCCGGCAGGCCCCGAGCUGCCGCUUUCCCUCAGCCAGGUCUCCACCAGCACCAGCACGGAUGACCCCCCAGAAGUGCCCGCAGGGUCCCCGACUGAACACCAGGGGGAAACGUCGCAUGUGGCUACCGAACCUCAGAACUCUGUCAUCAGCUAGUCUUAGCCAGAGCGGGAUUCUGGCUUUACUCAUUGCCACCUCCCGGCCUUACCCCCCCCACCCCCCCACGCACCUCAGGCCUCACAACACCCGUGCCCCCACCCUCCACAACGGACCAUACUAAUUUGUUGAACCCCCACAUUCUGCAUGGCAUAGCAACAAUAUCAAACGGGGAAAAAAAAAAAAUAUAGUGAUCGUAGCAUAUUCUUAAGCACUGUUGUCAGGGAAGCUGUAUACUGUACAUGAUAAAAAUAUACUCCUCUCUACUCUGUAAGGAAACGAUAUGCUGGCAUUUGUGGUUAGGAGGACAGACGAGAUGCCUUUACUUUGGGUUCUAAUGGGAUGGGUGGGGGGCAUGCACCUGAAUCUGGUAGUAUGUUUAAGAUAAUUUGUGUCAUGUGGUUUGUUUCAAAAUCCACAGUAUGAAUAAGCUCUAUAUAAAAAAAAUGCUUGUUUAAAUUUAAACAAAAAAACAAACUGCGUAUUGCUUUGUCAUGUAUGUAAACAGGAAAGUGAGACGUACGUUUCAGGCUUAUAGUCAUACUUUAGUCCAGGUUGUGUGCCUAAGGAAAAGAACCAGGAAAAGGACAAAAACAGGAAGAUGAGUGACGCUUGGUCUUGCUGUCCAAAAGUAACCCGCUUCAGGAAUCCCACACAAAGCGAUAACUCAGGUAAUCCGGCUCGCGUGUCCAUAUGGGGAUGGUCACCGAUUUGUACCUGCGGCGAAAGGAAAACCGGUACCGGUACCGGUAGCUUGUGGGCAGCCGGGAUUUUCACGCAAGGCUCCCGUUGUGUGCGGUGAAUCCCAGGUCCACCUGCAGCUAGAGGGUCGCGGGGGGCGCGGCUGGGCAGAUCCCGACGACUGAAAUGGCCGUGAGCUAUGGAAAGCAUGGGAAGGCCAGCAGGGCAUGUUUGUAGUGUGGUCAGUUCGCGAUGUUGGCGGUCCUGUAGCGGGAUCCAGUUGCCGAGCAAGGAGCAUGAACAGAGCACUGUCACCAUAAUGUGUCUGAAGAAAUUAGGUCAACAAAAGGCAAUGUGUAGACUGCCAGUUAAUAGCAAGACGUGUGCAGUGCCGGUAUACUUGCGUCAGAAACUAUUCCUGUGGUUUAUGCAUGGCACCAGUAAGCUAGGUCUGCUUACUGUGCGAUUUUACUGGCCCAUAAUCUAAAUAUAUCAGGUUCUGUAAUUCCAUGUACGGCAUGAGGGGGCAGGUGCCGAGUGACGUUGGAGUGGAACACGACCCCACCGCAUGACAGAACAGCACAGAAAACAGCCCUUUACUAAAGCUUGUCAGUAAACAAGCAAAAACAGCGUUAAAACGUUUGCCGUAGAUAAAAUACUGAAAUGACAUUUGAAAUGUCAGAGAAUGAACCAAAAUGGCGACUGAAACGGCCUGAAUUAGCACAAGGUGAGUAAAGCCGUUUUACCAAACAAAUCUAAAGUCAGGCCAGAGGAAAAGCCUCGGCUUUCAUGACAAAGACUUAAAUAAAAAUAAUGACAGUCCGAAGUAUCGGGGGGGGGGGGGAUUAAAAAUUCCUAAACUGAUGGCUCGACCCUGUUUAAAUUUUUCCAUUCAAAAUGACCAGUUUUGUCCAGGAACAAAGAAUGUAACGAUACACACAGUUACUUAACUGUUAUCAUAUAACCUCACUGUUGAUGAUUUAACUUUGCUAGCUUUGAUUAUGGAGGACAGGAAUGAAAGUUUUCUCAGGCAGUGCUGGGGCGGCCAAACUUGCCCGGUUUGCCCUGACUCAACCCCCCCCUCCCCCCCCCAGCCCCAGACAUACUCAUUACUGUGGAAAUAUUUUUAUGUAAAAAAAAAAAAUCAAAAAAUACAUUAGAAAGCUCAAAUGUAUUUUUCAACUUUUCGUGUUCAGAGAUGGCUUUAAUGUGGAUUGAUGCAAUAUUUUUUGUCGCACUACGUUAAGGUGCUAGUUUACCCUUAACAUUACACUAAGGUAAACUAGAUCUGUGCAAUAAUACUAGUCUCCACUUGGGAGUGACGUUUAUAAUGUAAAUUUAAUUUCUCAAUUUAAAAAAAUAUACAUAUAUAUAUAUAUAUAUAUAUAUAUCAGAACCCAUAAAUCUGCCAUUUCAUUGGUCGGCACUUCGCCGGCUAAUUCUGCGGUUGCUGAUGUGUAGACCAGCGCACUGCUAAGAGGAACGUGCUCACAUUUCACCUGCGAUAAAUUUCCAGUUGCCCAUAGCAGCAAAAGCUAAGAAGCUUGCAUCCCCUCUGGCCGUUACUUUUACUACCUGUAGAGGUCACUGUAAUAAAAUCAUAUACUGGUGACGUGAACACAUUGGGUUGUGCUAUGUGAACAUAGUUUGUUUUUGGAGCCCUCUAGAGGUAAAGGUGGCCCCAGCAGGGUCUGGUCUGCGAUCUUGCUUGAAAUUUGUACUCGGUUUCCGCCAUUACUGCUAAACCGCCGCGUCACCAGCUUCGCCUGCCUGGGGCGUAACGGUUUUGUAUAUUUCCGCACAGAGCUCUUGUGUCUUUAUUUAAAUAAAGUUAUUGGAAGAACCAAA